UUGACUCCCGGGCCGGUUCGUUUAUCCGUUUUCCGUAGUCGUCGCGAAACAGUACGUACAGUUCGCUGGACGAUGUGACCGUCGCGACUUUCGUCAGUGAAUAUGUCCUUCGUUAAAUCGUAACGAUUUUAUUAAUUUAAUUCGACAGUUGUGAACGAAACGUUAAGACGAUAUAUCUCACAAUUUUUCUUGAAGGAUCAUCAUUUACCGUGGGGCGAGAGAAAGAGAGAGAGGAGAAUAAGAGAGAGAACGAAUAAUUAAAACAAAAGAAAAUGGCAUCGUUAAGGCUAUUCGUAGCAGGUGCGAGCGCAGUAGGAACUGGCGCUUUAACAUCUUAUUUAUUCUUAUCUGAUUCAACAGUAUACGCAGAAAAAGACAAACCAAAAACAACGAAAAGACCACUGCCAACUAGAGAGGAUCAAGUAAAGACUUUGAAAUCUCAAGAUUACGACGUUCUUAUCAUUGGAGGCGGUGCAACUGGUGCAGGAUGUGCUCUUGACGCCUGCACAAGAGGUUUAAAAACGGCGUUGGUGGAAGCGGACGACUUUGCAUCCGGCACUUCCUCCAGGAGCACGAAAUUAAUUCAUGGGGGUGUGCGUUAUUUGCAAAAGGCUAUAAUGCAAAUAGACAUAGAACAAUAUAAAAUGGUUAAAGAGGCUUUGCAUGAGCGUGCAUCGAUGUUAUAUAGCGCACCUCAUCUCGCUCAUCCUUUACCUAUUAUGUUACCUGUUUAUACAUGGUGGCAAAUUCCCUAUUACUGGUUUGGUAUAAAAAUGUAUGACCUAGUGGCAGGUAGUAAAACCGUUAAAUCCUCCUAUUACUUAAGCAAAUCGAACGCUCUCGAACUCUUCCCUAUGUUAAAGGGAGAUAAACUCACAGGAGCUAUCGUUUAUUACGAUGGUCAACAAGACGACGCUAGGAUGAACUUAGCGGUAGCUUUAACAGCUUCCAGACAUGGUGCAACAGUCGUUAAUCACGUAAAAGUGAUUAAUCUGUUAAAAGGUCUCGACAAGGAUGGUCAAAGGGUACUUACAGGAGCUCGUUUGAAGGAUGAACUCACAGGAGAAGAAUGGGACGUAAAAGCGAAAGCUAUAAUAAAUGCUACAGGACCUUUCACGGAUUAUAUUAGGAAGAUGGAUGAUCAAAACGUAAAAGAGAUUUGCGCUCCUUCGUCUGGAGUUCAUAUUGUAUUGCCAGGGUACUAUAGUCCCGACCAAAUGGGUCUCCUCGACCCAGCAACUAGCGAUGGACGUGUUAUUUUCUUCUUGCCUUGGCAAAAGCAAACAAUAGCAGGUACGACCGACCUACCCUGCCAGGUAACGCACAACCCACGGCCAACCGAAGACGAAAUUAUGUUCAUUUUACAAGAAGUUAAGAACUACCUCAAUCCUGACGUUGAAGUCCGCCGUGGUGAUGUCUUAUCUGCCUGGAGCGGUAUUAGGCCAUUAGUUUCUGAUCCGAACAAACCGAAUACACAAUCGUUAGCUAGAAAUCAUAUAGUACAUGUUAGUUCAACGAAACUUGUUACAAUAGCCGGUGGCAAAUGGACGACAUAUCGUGCCAUGGCUCAAGAAACCAUUGAUGCAGCCAUCAAAGCUUGCGAUUUAAAACCUGAAAGAGGAUGUCAAACUGACGGAUUUCUCUUAGAAGGCGCCCAUGGUUGGACACCAACGAUGUAUAUUAGAUUAGUACAAGAUUUUGGUUUAGAAUGUGAAACUGCACAACACCUUGCCAAAAGUUAUGGAGAUCGUGCAUUUGCAGUUGCAAAAAUGGCGUCCCUUACUGGUAAGCGUUGGCCCAUUAUUGGCAAGAAACUUCAUCCAGAAUUUCCAUAUAUUGAUGCCGAGAUUCGUUACGGUGUACGCGAAUAUGCGCGAACUGCAAUCGAUAUGAUCGCUCGACGGCUCAGACUCGCCUUUCUUAAUGUACAAGCCGCUCAGGAAGCUCUUCCAGGAAUUAUAGAUAUAAUGGCCGAGGAGCUUCAUUGGUCAGCUGAAGAAAAGAAGAAACAGCAACGUGAGGCUAGUGAAUUUCUUGCGAAUGAAAUGGGACAAAUGGUGAACCGUGCUUCCAGGGAUAAAAUACCCAUUAAUCUUACGAAAGACGAAAUACAACUUUAUAUCAAACGCUUUGGUAUUAUCGAUAAGGACAACAAAGGAUAUGUGUCGAUUAAUGACAUCAGGAGAGGACUCAAGGCACUUGGUAUUACGUUAAAAGAAGAAGAGAUGCAUACUUUACUCAAUGAAAUUGACCUCAGCUAUAAUGGCCAACUGGAGUUACAAGAUUAUUUACAGCUCUUUGGUGACAAGGAAGUACCAGGUGAAGAACUUCACGAAAUACUCCGCGAAAUCGACACUAAUAUGAACGGUCAAGUCGAAUUGGAUGAGUACCUUCAGAUGAUGUCAGCUAUAAAAUCUGGACAUGUGGCAUAUUCUCGCUUUGCACGAAUGGCAGAGAUGGAACAAGAACAACAUGAAAAAGAAAUGUUGAAGAAACAAAUUAGCGUUGAAAGAUCCGGUGGAGGACUGUGAGGGAAUUUCUGUAGAGCAGAAAUACACUAUCUUCUUCUAUUUCCGUAUAGCACAUGCAACGAUUACAAUAAACUGUUUAUUAUAGUAUGUUACAAAACUCGAGGAUGCAUACUUGAGAAAAAUCAUUGCAAAUACUUUGAAUGAUUUUGAUAAUCUGCAGUUUGAACUUGCUUCAAGUUCAGAAAUUUUAAGAUUUGUUAUAUUGCACUUAACAGCAAGAAUAUAUUGCUGUAUAUAUGUAAAAUAUAUGGAAUAUGGAAAGUUAAAUGUGAAAUGAUAAUAUGCUUAAUGUACAUAGGAAGAUUUUAAGAAUAUGCAAAAUACCAUAAAAGUAUGGUUACUGCUCUGAAAGAUUUUAUAAUAAUAUAAUUAUUGGAUAGUUCUACUGCAGUUCAUUAUAACACAAAACACACAAAACGAUAAGAGUUUUUUUUAAGUAAUUCACGUACUUGUUAUGAUUCUUAUAAAGACAUAAAUACAUUAAAUAUACGUUUCAUUAAAUCACACAUAUCAUCAUAAAAAAAAGAAAAACAUUACAUAUAAUAAUCAAUAGAAACCUCGAGUAUAUUUUAGCAAAAUUAUAUUAUGUAUUAGAAUUCAAAUGAGAUCGCUUUUGUUUAUAAAUUAUUAGCAAGGAAUAUCACACAUACGGUGUAUGAAUUACAAAAUUAAUGAGAAAUAUCUAUUUAUUAAGAAACUUAUAAAUGUUAAUAUGUCACACAAAGAUAUUAGAAAUGAGUUUCAUGGAAAGUAUUUAUUAUUUCAUGCUAUUAUCGUUAUCAUCGAAUUAAUAAACACCACUUCCAAACACCACUUGCAGGUAUCACUUCUUUUAGUCAAAAUGAUUACACUGUAAUUUAAAAUUAUUGUGAAAUAAGAUUAAUGAUUGUUUUCAUUAUGAAAAGAA